GUUAUUUUUCAUAUUAUGUGGUGUGGUGAUAUGGUAUGCUUGGCAACAUAGAAAAGGUGAGGACAUGAUAGAAUUCUCUUUUCUGACAAUAUGUGAACUAUAAUAUGAAAGCAGGUAAUCAGGCUUUAAUGAGCUAAUGUCCCCGAUCCUCAUCUUCCUGAUAGAUGUAAGACUUUUCUCACGUCAGAGGAAACCAACAGCAACUGCAGUUACUGAUGAAACAAAUGCAGAAUACAAUGGGCACAGACCAGAAUCAGGCACUAAUAAAACAUCUGCUGCAGCAAAUGAAUGGACACCCCUCAAUGAGUCGAAUAAUGUAGAGUCCAAGGAGGGAGAGAGUCCAGCCUUGGUCAAUGCUGAAACAAACACACAGCCUUCCGAGUCAAAUGAUGUGCAGUCCAAGGAUGGACUAAGUCCAGACCUGGCUGAUUCUGAAACAAACACACAGCCAGACAGAACUGCAGUAGCAGAUGCUACUAAACAAAGGGGGGCUACAGUCAUCACCACCUGCGCAGGGGUCAUUGUAAUCAGAAUACCAGAUGUGAACCAGUCAAAAAAACAUUACGUGAAUCUGACUCUGGAUAUGAAGACCGUGCCUUCUUUUCUUAAAGUACAAGAUAAUAAAACUGGCAUCCUCUGCCCUGAUCCACUAAAGGUUUCAGCCACAGAGAUGAGAUUUGCUCAUGCUUUAUGUGAACAGUCUUUCAGCUCAGGGAAGCACUACUGGGAGGUGCAAGUGCAUUAUACUGAUUUUUUUGGUCAUCUUAAGGCAAGGCAGUCGUGGUAUGUGGGGGUGUGCACUAACACAGCAGAACAAACACACAGAGUCUCUUUAACACCACGGAACGGCUUCUGGGUUCUCCAGUAUGAGAAAGGAACUGGACUCUUUGUCAACACUGAACCUCCAACUCCAGUUCCGGUGUCUGAACUAUUUCAGUCCCUAGGGGUGUUUCUAGACUGUGAUGAACACACGCUCACCUUUUACAAUUCUGACAGGAAUAUGUGUCUGUGCUGUUUAUUUGUGACACCAAACAAACAACUGAUUCCUCUAAUCAGCUCAGGAGUUAGAGACAAGGAGCCUGUUAAAUUACGCCAAAUACAAUAACUUUUAGACAAACAAACAUCUCCCCAUACAUCCAGCCAAAUGAUUUGGUACCAAAAAUGCUAACCCCCACCACCAUCCCGUACAGAUCUUUUAAAAUCACAUGUUUUUUAUACAACCAAACUGAAUCCCCUCCAUUGGGAACUACAUCAUUCACGUGCAUAGGGGGGUGGGUGGGGGAGCGGGGGGUAUGGGUGCCUGAGCCCCUGCCCCUUUGCCUACAAAUGUCCAAAGUGCCCUUCUGAGUGACAAUUUAAAUGAUCAAUGAUUCGUAAAAUGACACAUGAACAUUUACAAAAUUAAUGUAUGAAUCAAUUAUUUGAGAAUAAAAAACUGUUUUGCAUUUUUGUUUCUGCGCUGCUGCCGGUAGGUGACGUCAAUGUGACCUUUCAAUUUUGCCUGCCUGCAAGAUGCGCAUGAUAUUGUUGUUGUUUUAAGAGAUGGUGAAAAGCAGGGUAAUUUCAAUACAGACAGUCUGUUUCCAAAACCAUUUAGCUGACGUUGAAAAAUAAACUGUAACAUUUA